AUGUUCCGCUUAAUGAUGUGGCUAGCGGGUCUCCGUGGCUUGCUAAUGUCAAGACCCGAUUUUCAAAAUUCAUUUCUACAAAUCAUACUUCCAGAGAAAAUCCAAGCAAAUACAAGUGAUAAUUCAGAAGUAGAAAAUGAACAGGUAUCCUAUAGUAUUUCAAUAGAUGAGAAACCGUAUACUGUGCACCUUAAGCAAAGAUUUUUUUUAGCAAAUAAUUUCAUGGUUUAUAUGUAUAAUCAAGGAUCUAUGAAUUCUCAUUCUUCAAAUAUUCAGGCUCAAUGCUACUACCAAGGAUAUAUUGAAGGAUAUCCGAAUUCUUUUGUCACACUUAGCACGUGCUCUGGACUGAGAGGAAUAUUGCAGUUUGAAAAUGUUUCUUAUGGAAUUGAGCCUCUGGAAUCUGCAGUUGAAUUUCAGCAUCUUCUUUACAAAUUAGGGAAUGAAAAGAAUGAAUUUGCAGUUCUUCCUGAAAAUAACCAAGACACAGAACAAAACCUAUUGGAUUAUAACAUUUUUAUAAGUGAAAAACCAGAAUCAACUGUUUCAGAUUUAAUUCCUCUUUAUCUAGAAAUGCAUAUCGUGGUAGACAAAGCUUUGUUUGAUUACCUGGGCUCUGAUAGCAUGAUAGUAACAAAUAAAGUCAUCGAAAUUAUUGGCCUUGUAAAUUCGAUGUUUGCCCAAUUUAAAGUUUCUAUUGUGCUGUCAUCUUUGGAAUUGUGGUCCGAUAAAAAUAAGAUCUCUACAGUUGGUGAGGCAGAUGAAUUAUUGCAUAGAUUUUUAGAAUGGAAAAAGUCCUAUCUUACCCUGAGGCCUCAUGAUAUUGCAUAUCUAUUCAUCUUUAGAGAUUAUCCAGAUUAUUUGGGAGCAACAUUUCCUGGAAAGAUGUGUGCUACCGGUUAUUCUGCAGGAAUUGUUUUGUAUCCCAAGGAGAUAACUUUGGAGGCAGUUUCAGUUAUUGUUACCCAGAUGCUGGGACUCAGUCUGGGAAUAUCAUAUGAUGACCCAAAGAAAUGUCGAUGUUCAGGAGCCAUCUGCAUAAUGAGUACAAAAGCCCUGCAAUCCAGUGGUAUGAAGACUUUUAGCAAUUGCAGUUUGAGGGACUUUGAAAACUUCAUUUCAAACGUGGGGGCCCAGUGUCUUCAGAAUAAGCCACAAAUGCAGAGACGUCCAGCAUCAAUCUGUGGCAAUGGCAGAGUGGAGGGGAAUGAAGUCUGUGACUGUGGUACUGAGGAACAAUGUGGGCCUGACAACUGUUGUAAUCCUCGUACUUGUGUGCUGAAGCCAGGUUCAGAAUGUGAUAAAGGAUUAUGCUGCAACAACUGUAAAUUUAUGCAAGCAGGUGCUACAUGUAGGCCCAUUGCACAUCCUGAAUGUGAUAUUCCUGAGGUUUGUAAUGGAAGCUCAGGAAGGUGUCCGGCUGACAUAACUAUACUCAAUGGACGGAAAUGUGAAGGAGGAAAAGCUUUUUGUUAUGAUGGAGGCUGCCAAGAUAUUGAUGCACGUUGUGAGAGUGUAUUUGGAAAAGGUUCAAAAAAUGCGCCAUUUGCCUGCUAUGAAGAAAUACAGUCUCAAACGGAUAGAUUUGGGAACUGUGGUAAAGAAGGACCCAGAUAUACAUUUUGCCCGUGGAGGAGUCUUAUAUGUGGAAGAUUAAUCUGUACCUACCCACUUCAGACUCCUUUCCUUCGAGACAGUGCUUCUGUGAUUUAUGCUUUUGUGCGAAGUACUGUAUGUAUAACAAUGCACUAUGAAACAACGGGUGCAGAAGAUCCACUUGUGGUCAAUAAUGGCACUAUUUGUGAUAAAGAGAGGAUUUGUGUAAAUCGUGAAUGUUUAGAAGUAAGGCCGUUUAUAGACAAAUUAAAUCAUUGUUCAGCAAAGUGCAAUGGAAAUGGAGUGUGCACUUCCACGAUGAUAUGCAAUUGUACUGGUGGCUACAGACCUCCAGAUUGCAGAGUGAGAUCCAGAAUAUCGCCUGGGGAACAGGGUUUACCCACGGAAAGAACUUCUGAGAAGGGUGGGAAGAAGCAGUGGCUUUUGGCUAUCUACAUUGCUUUACCUGUUCUUGUUGUAGCAAUAAUAAUAGCUGCUUCAUGGAAGCUUUCGAAAAAGUGGUUUAGCAAGAAAGAGGAAUCCCAAAGUAGUGGAUCGAAGUCAGAAAGUAGUGCCCAAACAAAUCGGAGCAGGUGUGCCCGCUGGCCCUCCCGGAGGCAGCCAGGAGCCGCUCCAGACUUUUCCUCGCGCGCCGCGGGCGUCUCCCACCCGCGCUGGGCCCCCAUUCGCCGCAACGCCUCAACCGUCACUGUUGGGCCAGUGUGGCUCCAGGUCAGCGGAGCCAUGUUCCUUCUUCUAGGCCUUCUCACCGUCCUCAGGGGACUGCACGGAGGCCCCAAUCUUCAUAAAAAGUUUCUGCAGACCACAAUUCCUGAAAAGAUUUCAACAUCUGAGGCAAUCAGAGAUCCAGAAAAUAAUGUGGCUUAUGUCAUUACAAUAGGAGGAAAUCCAUAUUUUGUCCAUCUUACAAAGCAGUCGUUUUUAUCUUCAGCUUCUGUUGUUUACUUUUAUGACAAAAAUGACAUCCAACAUCAUCAGCCUUUGUCAGCUCAUAUGGAUUGCAGUUAUCAUGGAUAUGUUGCAGGUUUUCCAAAUUCUCUUGUAUCACUCAACAUUUGUUCGGGACUCAGGGGAAUACUGCAGUUUAAAAACAUCUCAUAUGCAGUUGAACCAGUUGAGUCUGUAUCAGGAUUUAUGCAUGUGAUUUAUGAAGAAAAAAGUGAUAUAAAUCCUAUCCCUCUGUUACUGAAAAAUGACACUUACAGCUAUGAGAGCUCACAGUAUAAAGUCAGAAAAAGUUCAGAAAGAGUUGGCCAUACCAAAUUAUCCUCCCGAUACAUUGAUAUGUAUAUUGUUGUGGAUAAAAAUCUGUUUGAUUACAUGGGCUCUGAUAUAAACACUGUAACACAGAAGAUUAUUCAGAUCAUUGGCCUUGUUAACACCAUGUUUAUCCAGUUAAAACUUACUGUUAGAAUAUCUUCCAUAGAGAUUUGGUCAGAUAAAAAUAAAAUUUCUACUGAAGGACCUCCUUAUAAUGUUUUAUAUAAAUUUUUAGACUGGAAGUAUAAAUUUGCCUCCCGACCUCAUCAUACUGCAUACUUAUUUGCCUUCAAGGAAAAUCCUACUUUUAUAGGAGUCACAGUUCCUGGAGAAAUAUGUGGUAAGAUUGCUACUGGAGGAGUUGCUCUGUAUUUAGUGGGUUUAUCGUUGGAGUCAUAUGCUGUCAGUAUCGUGCAGUUGCUUGGCCUUAAUGUGGGAAUGAGUUAUGAUAAUACUGAGAUCUGCCAUUGUUCAGGGGAUGUUUGCACAAUGUCUCCAGAAGCUUUACAAUCUGGGGGUGUAAAGGAUUUUAGCACCUGCAGCUUGGAUGACUUUAAAUAUUUUGCUGCAUAUUCUGGCAUUGAGUGUCUUCAUAAAAUCCUUCCUGAUGAGCCAGUUUACAAACAGAGGAAGAUGUGUGGCAAUGGGAUAUUGGAAACAGGUGAACAAUGUGAUUGUGGCACUGCAAAGGCGUGUACUCAUCCAGACUGCUGUGAUGCUAGAACAUGUUUGAAGAAAAAAGAUAAAGUAUGUGGUUCAGGGGCAUGCUGUACCACAAAUUGCAAGAUAAAACCACUUAAUACACUUUGUAGGAAAGCAGUUGAUGAGUGUGACUUUGAAGAAUUUUGUAAUGGGAAUCAAUCAAUCUGUGUGCCUGACACUUACGCACGUGAUGGAGAGCUUUGUGAGUCGGGUGACGCCUACUGUUAUAAAGGACGGUGUAGAUCAGUUAACAGACAGUGUAGCAGAGUACUUGGAGCAGGGUCUAGAGGUGCUCCAUAUGCUUGUUAUGAUGAAAUAAAUGCAAGAUCAGAUAGAUAUGGAAACUGUGGCAGGGGAAUUUGUGAGUUUAGUCAAUCGAUGUGUGGAAAAUUAGUUUGUGCCUGGCCAUAUAAAACUUUAGUAUCACGACCAAAUUUAUCUGUGAUCUAUACUCAUAUAAGAGAUGAAAUAUGUGCAUCAGGAUUUCUGAAUGCUGAGAAGUUACCUAGAGAUACAUUUACCACAGUUCAAACACCUGAGGACAGAGAUGAAACAUUUGUAGAAGAUGGCAGUAUGUGUGGUCCUGAAAUGUAUUGUGUGAACUUUUCCUGUGUAGAGGUUAAAUACCGCAUGGAUAAAACCAGAUGCGAUAAUGGUAAACAUUGUGCUUCAAAAGGAGUAUGCAAUAAUUUUGACCAUUGCCAUUGUUUGCCAGGGUUUGCACCUCCUAACUGCAAGCCACUUCCAGGAGAAUUUGGAAGUAUCAAUGAUGGACACAUGCACAAAACUGGUUAG